GCUGGCAACACGAGUAGGCUAUAAAAGCCGGUUUGAAGGCUCGUGCUCUGGUGCUCCAAGCUCCUGCUCUGCACCGGCUUGACAUCAGUCUGCCUAUCGCACGAGGGAGGGCUGAGGGGAUCAAGAUGCACUUUCUGAGCUUCACACCCAUCGUUUCACUAUUGAUGACUUUCCUGGCUGUACUGCAUGCUGCCAAAUGGACGUACAGUGGGCCAGAAGGACAACACUACUGGCCAAAGCAAUAUCCAUACUGUGGUGGAGCUUUCCAGUCUCCAAUAGAUCUCAAGCCAGGGCUGCUGAGGUUCGACCCAACUUUACGCCCAAUUGAGAUCCAAAACUACAACCUGUUGCCCAAUGAGCAGCUUACACUGGGGAAUAACGGACAUUCUGUGCAAAUAUCACUGCCCUCUAAGAUGCACAUCUCCAGCCUGCCUCAUCGUUACACUGCAGCUCAACUUCAUUUGCACUGGGGCUCCUCCGGUAGACUUGCAGGCUCUGAACACAUGGUGAACAGUAAGCAGUAUGCAGCCGAGAUGCAUGUUGUACACUUCAAUUCAGACAAGUAUCCCACUAUAUCCAUGGCCAUAGACAAAUCUGAUGGCCUGGCUGUGCUGGGUGUCCUGAUUGAGGUUGGCGAUUUCAAUCCGGCCUUUGAACAGUUUCUGAGGUUCAUUAACGGUAUCAAAUUUAAAGACCACAAAGUGCAGGUGCCCGGAUUCAACAUCAGAGAACUGCUGCCUGCACGUUUGGAUGAGUAUUACCGCUACGACGGGUCGCUGACGACUCCCCCGUGCUAUCCCAGUGUCCUGUGGACAGUGUUCCGAAAUCAUGUCACAAUAUCUCACAAACAGUUUCUGGCCCUGGCAACAUCCCUCUACUCCUCUGUUGCCCAAGACUUAGCCCCUGUGUCUCUGACUGGCAACUACAGGAGAACACAGCCACCUGACAGCCGAGUUGUGCUGGUUUCUUUUAAGGAGGGCAGUGGACUGCAAGGUACUCUUACAGUCACAUCUCCACUCGCGAGGAAGCGAAUUGUUCAGCAGCUGCUGGUUGGUGACCUAGCAGACCUGGCUGAUGAAGGGCUCUACCAGCUCCUACCAAGUGGCUCAGAGAAGCUCCAUGGCAAGAACAAAGACCUCAAGAACCAGGAGAGUGAGACUCCGGACAAAUCCAAACAACAAACGCUGAAUUCAUCCCUUUGGAAGAAGAGUCAGGCCGACUGCUCGGUGGGAAAGUUAGGGCUGGCUGAAGACACUCUGUGCUUCGUCUCACUCGAGCAGAGAGUUAACCGUCAGCAAAAACAGUCUCAUGCUGAGGACCAGCUGGUUCAGGCUCUCAGACAUGCUGCUUUCCCUGAGCUCAACCUCAAGAGCUACCUGGACUGUAAGUCGGACCUAGCCCUCCCCACUAUCAGACACAUUCUCCAUGGACGGCCAACAGAUGAAGCUAAUGAGUUAGAACGCUCCCUGAAAAAAGCCUUCAGUAAAAGAAAGACUACCACAGCAAUCAAGCAAAGUGUGCCAGUGACAAAGUACGGCGGUUUCUCCACUGCUACUGUUCCCAGGAAACCACACAGCCGGGGUUAUCCACAUCCUUGGCUUUUGCCAAUGGAGUGGGAAGACUAAAGAGAUUCCUGACAUAGUUGUGACUCACAUUAUGUCACUUUCUGGAGCGGUCAUCAGUUGUGUGUCCCUAAAUGAAAGACUAAUUUUCCAGCCACACUCUGCAUUUCACAUUUAAUAUAUUUUUCGAGUAUGAGCACAUAAUGAUAAUAUGAUUUCUAACAGAAAUGGUAGUAUGAGUUAAUAUACUUAUUGUUUAGUGUCUUGUGUAGAUUGUAGAUUUUUGUCAUAAAAUCAGCAAAAAUGAGAAACAUUUACAUUCUCACUUUGGGCUUUAGGUCUGUCCAUAUAAUUUUGCCAUGCCAUGUGCUUUAAAAUAAACUACUACAGCGCACGCACAUAUUCCAAGCUUUGAAAUCUAUAUGCAUCAAGCUACAUACGGUACAUUAAAUGUCUGGCAAAGAAUAUUGUUCUCCUGUACGCCAAGUACAGUUCUAUAGUAUGAUAAUUGUGGAGCUAGAAUAGUAAUUACUGUCUUGCACAAUAUAGAGAUGCAGCUUAAGCAAAAUGAUUUGCAAGAGCAUAAGCGCUUUAUGUCACAUCCCUGACUUCUGUGACAAUUUGUUGUUUCUUUCAAAAUGCCACUCACAACCAGGAAUGAAACAGCUGCUGUACAAAAGGAACUAUUUUCAAUAAAAGCAUUUUACAUGAAGUGAUACAUGGCAAAUUUCUUUACUGUGAACUCUCAUUUAGAAUAUAGUCUUUUUCAGGACCACACAAGGCUGGAGUCUCUGCCAGCAUACACUGGGACAAACUGUGCCAAACUGCCUGGAAGUUAAAACAUCAUCAUAGUCUUUGUACAUGUUCAGUC